AUGGAGGUGCCCGUGCGCCCAGUGUUGCAAGUGGACGACAGGCCUGAGAAAACGCUUCCAAAAGAAACCGCGGUGGAUGUGGAAGUGGCUGGCUCUGGCGAUUCCUCCAGUGGAUCCAGGUCGGUCCCGAGCGCACCAAGAUCAGAGUCAGGACACAGCUCAGCCGAAGAAGGAAGUUUGAGAUCAGCGACCAUAGCAACUGCACUGGAGACAAGCGAGGACUGA